AUGCAAGCUGAAUGGCUUCUAAGUGUUCGAGAGACCGCUGAAAGGAGAAACUGGACUUUCCCUCCCAGUUAUGUCAUGAGAAGCAAGUACAGAGUUAUUCAUGUGGGCAAGGCUUGGAACAGAAGAGGGUUUUUCUUAAAGGUGGCAGAAUCGAUCUAUGCGGACCGAUCUUUUUAUGUGAUUAUUCCCUCUGAUUCUGAUGUUGGAGACUGGAGAUCGCUGAUUAAGCUCCUUCGACAAUUGUUGCACUCUCGUCCUGAUUGUAACGCCAGCCCUCAUCUUGUUGUUGAUGAGCCUAGGAGAGUCUCUAGCAGGCUCUCGUUUGCAUAUGCUGUUAGGGGCGAUGCGUUUCGAACUGAUGGUGAGGCCAAGAUCUGUCUUGAAGGACAAUCUAAAUAUAUCAAUGUCGGUUCGAGUGGUGUUAACGAGAGAUCCAGCUUCCUCAAAAAGUGUCUAUCCAUUUCCUUCUCCAACCCGUCUAAAGAAGCUUUUCAUCACGACCAAGUGAAGGCGUUUAGAUCUUGGGCAUCAAGGAAAUGGGCUGUUGCAGAGAAUUUUGAUAUGGUCUGUUGUGAGACUAAUAAGUGGUCCAUGGUUUGUGCGAGCAGAGAGGAAGCUAUUCGGAUUAAGAAUUUGGGAUCUACUCAUUUCCAGAAUUUUAGGGUCCUUCCUCAACUGUUGCAGACCAUGUACGUUCAUGUGAGGAACGUAGGUUGCAUGGUCGAAAUGGUGCUUGGAGUGAAGAGUUUACCGUUUGAGUUUUGGGUAGCUAAUUGUAAUCAGCCCAUAAAUAAAUCCGAACCCUAG